AAUUCGUAAAUUUCCUCCAUGGAUGCAUCCCUUCCCCUGGAGAGGAGGUCCUCCCGUCGCCGGCGAGGUGAGAGAUGAGAUGAGCCUCUCCGCCACCUUCCGGGUCGCCAAAAUUCCCCGCACCGCCCUCCCUCCAAAGUCUUGCAAGGCCACGCCCUCCUCGGUCUCGGCCUCCCCCGCCUCCGCGUCCGGAGAUCCACCGCCCAAGGCCGCCAAGAAGAAGGAGGCGGCGCCGUGGUGCGUCUACCUCAUCGCCUCCUCCCGGGUUCCCCGCACAUACGUCGGCGUCACGACCGAUUUCCCUCGCCGCUUGAGACAACAUAAUGGCGAGUUAAAAGGUGGUGCCAAAGCCUCUUCUGCUGGAAGGCCAUGGAAUCUCGCAUGCCUUGUCGAAGGCUUCACCAACAGAAGUGAAGCAUGUGAGUUUGAAUCGAAAUGGAAGAACAUCUCCAAGAAGAUGACACGGAAGAGGAGUGAGCCUGGCUUGAACGCAGUGUUGCAGCACCGGGAGGUGGCAUUGAGCAGAGUAAAAACCUUUCUGGAUUGCGACCACCUCAACAUCAAAUGGCACUCAAGCUGACGUCGUUUCUCCAUGUUGUAUGUACACAUUUCGCUAUGCAAGAAAUUACCCAUUAACUUAUGAAGUUGGCGAGGUUUUUCUGCAGAGGCUUUUUUUGUACAAAAAAAAGGUUCCCAUGUCUUGCAGCUCAAAUGAGCAUACAUGACACAUUCAUCUGCUAGCCAAAUGAUCAUGCCGGCAAUUGUAUUUGCUAAAUAAGAAGACAUCCGAAUCGAGUGAGCUGGUGUGUGUGUGUGUUAUCUAUCGACAGCAUCCGGCAUUGUUUAGCCUGGGAUGGAUAAGAGUUGUGUAAGAUGUAUUAUUCGUUGUUA